CAAAUUAUUGUGUCGUCUUCUAAGUAGAUAGAUUAGUCAUUUGCAAAUUAUGGCCAGUUCAGUUAGUACUAUUAGUAAUGGUUAUAAUUUCAAAGUGGUUCUACUUGGUGAAGGAUGUGUCGGAAAAACCUCUGUUGCAUUGCGAUAUGUUGAAGACAAAUUUAAUGAUAGACAUAUCAGCACGUUACAGGCCUCAUUUUUAAAUAAGAAAUUGACUAUAAAUGGAAAGAAGGUGAACUUGGCAAUAUGGGAUACAGCUGGUCAAGAAAAGUUUCAUGCACUUGGACCAAUUUAUUAUAGAAUGUCUAAUGGUGCAAUUUUAGUUUAUGAUAUUACGGAUGAAGAUACAUUUCAGAAGGUGAAAAAUUGGGUUAAGGAACUGAAAAAAAUGUUAGGCAGUGACAUUUCUUUAGCGAUAGCAGGAAAUAAAGUAGAUUUAGAAAAAGAUAGGAGUGUUUCUCUGGAAGAAGCUGAAGAAUAUGCAAAACAAGUGGGGGCUAUGCACUUUCAUACUUCUGCCAAGUUAAAUCAAAGUAUCGAAGAAAUGUUUGUGGAUUUAACAAAACGGAUGAUGCAACAUGCAGAUGAAGUCGAACAAAAGUCUACAUUAACAAGGACAAGCAGUACACGACGUAAUGUUGUCGUAGUUGAAGAUGAGGUUGAAGAAACCGAACCAGUUAAGAGUUCCUGUUGUGGUGGCUCUUCACAGGCAUCUUAAAUUCAGAUGUUUGUUUUGAGAUGGUUUCUACUUU